GGCUUUAAUGCUUUAUGAACAAAGUCCCUUCAGUUGCCUUGGGUCACAUGAUUUCCAGCAGUUGUCUGGUCAUUAUGAUUCUGUGUAGUAUCGGUGUGGUGGGUCAUUAUGUGUUCAAUGAGGAAUGGGACUGUUGUUGUCUGCGCCUUGGAACCUUGCUAUUCCUCAGCUGUACCCUACACUCAUUUUCUUUUGAUUUUUAUGGGGCUAUUCUACGCUCGUUGAAUGCAUGAAAGGUUGGUGUUCUUUCACCAUCCUCUCGACCUCUCCUAAACCCCACUACAAUUAUGGCUUGGCGCAUUCAGAAAAUUAAUUAUGCCCACUUGUCUUUUGAUGGCACCCAUGUUUUCAUACUUGCAAACAAAAUCUAGUUAAGCUGUUACGUCUCGAUUCAAUGUAUGUCUGUUACGUUUUUAUAAAGUAUGCCCGUUUAAUAUAUUUUUUAUUCGUUUUCAGUAUAUACUAAGCUCCUUGCUAUAGAAAAAAAAUGUAAAAUUCCUUUUUGAAAAAAGAAAAAUAUAAAACUAGCCUGUCGGUCUUGUAGAGCAUUUGAGCGAUGACUUCGAGUUGCUCUCUUGAUGAUAUCAACGUUGGGAAUCAAUGAAAGCUUGUCUUUUAUGUUGGAUCUGAGUAUCAGACAUGUAAAAUCCUGACAUCGAAACAAUUUGGAGUUAUUUGCGAGGUGUGAGUCCUUGUGAUCAACAAGUUAGCUCUCGUAGUACAAUACAAAUCUAGUUAAGAUAGGAGAGAGGAUUUUUGCUAGCCACCUGUGCUCUGUGAUCUUUCCCACUAGUAGCCACAACUGCAAUACACAGUGUUCUAUAUAAAUCUAACUCAUUGUUCCCCAGAGAGUACCAAGUGCUUAAAAUGUUUUAUUCAAGUAUAGAUCUUUACAGAAGAAUGUUCAACCAUUCAUUAAAAUAUCUUCUGUUGUCUACAUAACAGAUUUAAGUGUCGGACUGUGUUUAAUUAUGAAGAGAAGUGCGACUCAAGUGAAACGUCUGAAAUGGAGUUGAGCUAAACUUGAAACUAUCUUUUGUGAACAUUUGAUUUGAACGAGUUGUACCUGAGUAAAUAGGCUUCCAUGAAUAAUUCGUAGUGUAUUUGUACUGUCUGCAAUUGUUGCAUAGCGAAGGUCUUCUCUCAAAUGGCUUGACACAAUCCCAAUACCAUCCUUGAAUAAUUGAUUACUCAAGGCCCUAUCAUGUGCCUUAAACAUGUUGUACUUGUGUAUAUAUAACCGGUAUGACUACAAUCCACCCAUAACCAAAGAAAAACAAGCUCAACAAAAAUGCCGCCCAUCCAAGACAAGCAUAGCUCUCAGGAGCUGCUCCAGGCUCAAGUUAACCUUUGGCACCAUGCACUGGGAUUCGUCAAGUCCAUGGCACUCAAAUGUGCAAUGGAACUGCAAAUCCCUAACACCAUCCAACACCAUGGUGGGCUUAUGACCCCGUCAGAGUUGGCCACAAAGAUCGGCCUCCAUCCGUCUAAGCUUCCCCGCUUACGGCGACUCAUGCGUGUGCUCACCAUAUCAGGCAUCUUUGCUGUUCAUGAGGCAGCCUCGCCAGGCAAGGAGGUUGUUUACGGGCUUACCCCAACCACACGCCUACUCGUCGGUGAUGAAGUUAAAUCAAACUUAUUUCCUAUUCUAUCUUUGAUGCUUGAUUCAACUGUCAUUGCCCCCUUUUUGGGCAUGCACUCAUGGUUCCUAGAUGAGCAUUCCACGUCCCUGUUCAAAAAGGCCCACAGCCUUAACUUUUGGGAGAUGGCUGAGCAGGAUGAUACUUACAACCAGAUACUCAAUAAUGCAAUGGUUUCUGAUAGUAACUUUCUCACGGACAUCAUCUUAAGGGAGUGUGGUGAUGUAUUUCUUGGCAUAAACUCUCUUAUUGAUGUUGGUGGAGGCCACGGUGGAGCUGCCAGGGCAAUUGUGAAUGCAUUCCCGCAAAUGAAAUGCACCGUGUUGGAUCUCCCUCAUGUUAUUGCAGAAGCUCCUAGUGAUGUCCAUGUGUCGUUUAUUUCUGGCGAUAUGUUUAAGUACAUUCCGCCAGCAAAUGCUCUUUUCCUAAAGUGGGUUUUUCAUGAUUGGGGUGAUGAAGACUGUGUCAAGUUAUUGAAAAAUUGCAAGGAAGCUAUUCCUCCCAGAGAUGCUGGUGGAAAGGUGAUAAUCGUAGAUAUGGUGGUUGGAUCUGGGCUAAAUGAGAUUGUAACAAGAGAGACACAUGUUUUAUAUGAUCUAUUUAUCAUGUGCGUUGAGGGGAUUGAGCGAGAGGAAUUUGAGUGGAAAAGGAUAUUCAUGGAAGCUGGAUUCGGCGACUACAAGAUUAUAUCAGUGCUGGGAGUUAGAUCUGUUAUUGAGCUCUACCCUUGAACACUCAAUUAAAAAUUACAUGGUAAUCAGUGUUGUAUGUUCAUAAACGGGCAUCAACAGCAUGUGUGCUCUCUUGUUGCACGCGUUGGCCUAGUAUGGUGAAAAAUGUACUACCUUAUUAUAUUUUUGUGAUAUGUAACCGCUGUGAUCAAUGAAUUUGUCCCGGUAGUGUUUA